UUUUGACGCGCCAGCGGCUCACGUCCUCUUCACGUUUCUCAGCCCUCCCAGUAAAAAGUGCCACAUGACCUGUCAAGUAGGAAGUGGCGAGCUAGCGAGCAGCAGCAACGGCAGCAGCAGCAGCAGCAGCAGCGGCGGCAGCGAUCACAGACGCAAGACGGGCAGGAAGCGGUGAGAUCCCCCGAAGUCUCGUUCUCGACGUUUCCCACCAGAUACGUUUCCCCCCUGCUGAACAGAUAGAGCAAGAAACCGGCCGCAGUCAUGUACCCGAAGAUGGUGUUUUUCGCUGUAGUUGUGGCUCUGAUUGGCGCAUCAGCCGCAUCGGACUCAGAUGAAUGUUCCUCCAUGUCAUGUGCUUCAUGUGUAACGACUAGUGGCUGUUUUUGGGUCAACUGCACAACAUCUGUUGGCUGUCGCAACAGCACUCUUCUGGCAGGAAACGAAACCUGCAUAAACACUACCUGCUCAGCUGAGAUUUCAACUGUCUCUGCACCUCCUACAACCCCCGCUACCCCUGCUGUCACCACCGCCCUUAACAGCAGCACCCCUCAGCCCACGACAGACAAUACAUCCACCAUUGUCCCCACGCAUAGUAGUAACAGCUCCACCUCUGUGUCCACUACUUCAACGGGAACCAGCAAAAGUACCACACCAAUUUCCCCCACUCCUGCCCCUCACAAGAACUCAACCUUUGACGCUGCAAGCUUCAUCGGUGGAAUAGUGCUGGUCCUCGGGCUGCAGGCGGUGAUCUUCUUCCUCUACAAAUUCUGCAAGUCCAAGGACCGCAACUACCACACCCUUUGAAGCGGCUUCUCUGUUGGAUCCACAUCACUCAACCCGUCCCCACCAACUAGAACCUUCCAGAGAAGACUCCCCACUCAGCACGCACUCAUCACGACAAACUCAAACAGUGUUUUCAAGCAGGUUUCUUUUUUCUUUUUUCUUUUUUGAGAUCUUUGAUGUUUGUGCCCCUUGUGGUUUCAGCCUGCAUUAUUGCUGCCGCUGUUGUAGUCUGUAUUAAGGCACCCACGCAGGCCUUGUGUGUAUGAUAACUCGCCAACUUGUACAACUAAGCAGAUCUCUAAUGUUAUGGCAUUUAGGCUUUGAGCAUAUGGAUUACAUCAUCUGGUAGCUACUCCCAGCUCUGUCAUGCUGUUAGUCAUCCUGCAAAGAACAUUUUCCAGCGAACUGAGGGGGUUGGUGUUAUUUACUGCCCCUCUCCUCACCACAUGAGAGUCAAAGCAUUAAUCAUGUAUAAAGAGUAGCUUUCCUGUUGAUGCUUGGGAGUAGUACAGCUGCAAACUGAUAGCACUGACAGCAUUUUUAAAAUCUUGAUUUGGAAACACUGCUUGAGCUCACAAGUAUUUUCUUCAAUGUGACCAAUGUGAUGAUUCAGUAUUGCUUUUAUCCUUUCGAUUCGCUGGCAGGUUCCCUCCCCCCCAUACAGCUGUGUCAUGUGUAUGUGUUCAUAGAUGAUGUUAAAGAGGUGGGGUCACUUGCGAGGGAGAGUAAAGGCAACACCAAAUCAUCUAAUGACAGACCGAAAAAACUAGCAAUCCUCCUGGCAAACAGUCUUAUUUUGAGAGGUGUCUACCUUGGCAUUUAGGAGUGCUGUGCGUUUCCUGCUGUUGAAUUCCCUGGGGAAUUGUUCAACCAAUAUGAGUUGUUUAAAAAAAAAAGUCAAACACCAACUGCCGGUUGAGCAGUUCAAUGCAAUAAAUCAUUUAUUAAGUUCA